GGCACAAGAAUGGAGGCUCUCGGCGGGGAAACGCAUCUUUACAUGCCUUGAAAUGUAAUUUCCCAUGGACACCGUUUACCUUUUUCAUUUCUGUGCCACUCGCGGGGACGAGGAAAUAAAAAAUAAGCCAUACACUGGAGUAAGACGACCACACGAGGACUUGUCCAACGAGAGCAAAUGAGAGGUGUGCUCUUACACUGGCCCUCUGUAUGAAGGAAGUACUCAUCAUGCAUAUGACUCCACAGUGAAGCUUCAGCCCAACACUCAGCAUCCUCACCACCUCUCACAAAGCCACCUUCCAUGAGAUACCUACAGUAUAUAUCAUAAAGACAGCAUACAAACAGUGCCAGCAUGGAGGAGCAACAGGAGGAGGCAGACGGUGCAUAUGUGGAGCACCAGUAUAUGUGCAGUGAGUGCCACCAGCUCUUCAACACCCUCGAGGAAGUUUUAAUCCACCAGCAGAUCCACACUGGCCAAGAGGGUGAUGGAGAAAUGGAGGUGGCCAUCCAGGGCGUCCCAGCUGAGGAGCAGACCCAGCACUACCAGUGUCUGGAGUGUGGGACACUCAUCAUAAACCCUGAGGAGCUGCUGCAGCAUCAGGAGAUGCACAUGAGGGAGGCUGGGAUGCAGAUGGAGCAACAAGAGGUCCUGCAGACGGGAGAAGCCAGGUCAGGGGCUCAUGUGUCAGGAGCGGUCCAGUACCAGUGUCUCGACUGUCUGGCUUUGUUCGACUCACCUGAGACCUGGUUGGAGCACCGACGGACCCACAACAGGAGCAGCACACACAGUAACACAGAGCCCACAGAGUAUGUGCUGCAGCCUGACGGCACCGUCACUCCACUCAGCAGUAUGCAGAACUAUCUGUUGAGUGAGCAGCAGGCUGGGGAGAUACUGGCACAGGUACUUGCCCAGCAGCAACAACAACAGCAGCAGCAGCAGCAACAACAACAGCAACAACAACAACAGCAGCAACAACAACAGAAACAACAGAAACGUCAGUCCGCUUCUAAAGCUGCUACUCCCUCCCGCUCUGCCCUGCUGCCUCCUGUGACGGCAACCCCCGGUUCUGCUACCAUGCACCUGCAGAUUCUCACAGCUCAAGUCCUGGCUGACAACUCCACUGCUCCCAAUCAGAGCGGCUCCAAGUUGCCCCCUCUGUUGUCUGCUGUCGGCAAAGGUACCUCAGAAAAGCUUGAAGUUCUGCAGAAUGGUGUCCAGAGACUCGAGUUAAGGUUGGCCCCCACUGUCCAGGAGCUGCAGCAACCGACAGAGGUGGUGGUCAUCCACCCUUACGAGUGUUCAGAGUGCUCCCUUCUCUUCCAGACUCCAGAGGAUUUCCUCCAGCACCAGGGGGAGCACUUCCUGUGCCAGGACAAGGAGAGUGAAGAGUCCGGGGUCAUGGGUGGCUUCGAGGAAGGGCGAGGGAGGGAGGAGGCAACUGAGAAAGUGGAGGACAUGAGAGUUCGAGUGGCAGAGAAGAAAGAAAUGGUGUGGGCCAAGCCUCAACAAUGUGAGCUCUGCAACCGCACCUUCAAUUCAGUCAACCGACUGGCUGCUCACAAACGUGUGCACGAGCAGGGCACGCAUGAUUGCCCUGAAUGUGGCAAAGUAUUCAAGAAGGUAACUUCACUGCAGACGCACUUGCGCACACACUCCGGUGUGGCCAGGUACUUGUGUGUAGACUGUGGCAACGGCUACACCACUGAGAUGACUCUGAUCAUGCACAGGAAGUCCCACACUGCAGAUCCCCUUCACAAGUGUCAGUUCUGCAAUAAAACCUUCACCAACAUGACCAAGUACCUCUACCACCGUCGCACUCACCUUAACCGUGAUACAUACGGAGCACACGCUGUUGCCUCUAUGGACUCGGCUCCAAGAAGAGCAUCUCUUUCUGCACUUGCCAUCCUGCAGCGAGCAAGAGAAAAGAGGGAUUCCUACACUAACAUGAUGGCACCUCUCACAGAAGAAGAGAUGGAAAAACUGGGAGAUGAUCCAAUACAAAGUUCUCAGGAUCAAGGAAAAGGAGGCGAGGAAGAGAAGGAGGGGGAGGAGUACAAUGCGGAGGUGUCUGUGAUACUUGAGGGUGAAACUGAUGACAUCCAGCAGGUGGAGGAAGCCACCAACUCUGCUUUAGUGACAGACCCAGUGAAUGACACUGAUGCAGGAGUCAUGUUGACCUCCAUGGUCUCAACAGAGGCUGCAUCAUCAGAGAAGGAGCCAUUUUCAUGUCGUACGUGCAAUGAGACCUUUGCCUCCCAGCUGCUGUUAGUUCAACAUCGACGCAAGUCCCAUGUCACCGAGCGCAGCUUUGUCUGUGGAAUCUGUGGCAAGUCCUUUAAGAAGCAGAUGCACGUGCGCAACCACAUUCGAACACAUACUGGCGAGAGGCCCUUUCAGUGUUCUGACUGCGGCAAAACAUUCUCAUCUCUAGCCAAUUUAUUGAGGCACAACCUCAUACACUCUGGUGUUCGCCCAUACCGCUGUGAUGUCUGCCACCGCACCUUCUCUCAGUCCUCCAACCUCCGUCAGCACAGCUUGCUGCACUCUAGCGCUGCAACUCUGUGCUGCCCCGACUGCCCUGCCACUUUUCGCUGGCCCUCCAAGUUAGCAGCACAUCGCUACACGCAGCACCCGGGGUCUCCAGCCCCCUUCUCCUGUCCUCACUGUACUGCUGGCUUCCUGAGCAGGAGGCAACGAGACAACCAUUGUCUGGAGGAGCAUCUGAACCUGGUGCAGGCUGCUACAGGGACAGAAGUGGGCACCAAAGAAAUCAACAACCAAGCUCAGCUGGGCAAAGAGCUGACCUCGGAGCCCUCCACCUCCACCACACUAGAGGCGGAGUCCGGAGACUCAACCAGUCUCUUGCGGGGGGGCCUAGAUUGUAACAUUUGUGGGAAGAAGCUCAACUCUCCUGCCAAUCUGCGACUUCACAGACUGAGCCACUUUGCCUUAGGCCCCGGACGAACGCAGUACACCAAGGGGAAGAGACCUAAAGCCCACAAGUGCCCUGUCUGUGGUAAACAGUUUGUGUCUUCCUCCGGAGUUGCACUUCACCUGCGAGUCCACACUGGUGAACGGCCGUUUCCCUGCCAGGUGUGUGGCAAGCGCUUUCGUCAAAACACACACCUGCGAGAGCACCUGCGUACACACUCGGGAGAGCGGCCAUUCCGCUGUGAAGUGUGUGGAAAGGGUUUCAUCCAGAGUAUGCACCUCGCCGAACACCGACGAACUCACACGGGAGAACGGCCGCAUGUUUGUCUACUGUGUGGCAAAGCCUUCAAGACCUUCUCCAACCUGAGGAACCACAAGAAAACCCACGCCAGGCAGCAGAAGCUGGAUGAGGAGACUGCCGCUCAAGUUGCCAUGGAGACCAGCUCUGCUGUGACAGUGGUGGAUGCAUCAGCUGUGGAAUUAGCCAACAGACAGCCUCAGCUCAUCCAGAUCCAAGCCUCAGAUCUUCAGCAGGGCACUCCUACCAUCAUGUGUAAUGAGUUUGGGGAGACCAUCGCCAUCAUUGAGACAAUUGAGGGUGGAGAGCUGCCUCUGGAGCAGGCCUUGGAGAUCUAUCACACAGCUUUAGAGAACGGCCUCGCCAUGGACACGGUCGCUGUGGAUGGACUGCAGCUCCACUGAGGAUGAGCACCAGUCAGAAACACUUGAAUUAACUCAUAAAGCUACUGGUGAAACGAUGUGUCCGGUACUUCAUUGCACAGACGUAAACUAAGACCAAUGAUAUACUGUGAGGUUGAGAAUUCAAUACUCAGUGUUCAGUUCUGAGUAGUAAUUUACUGGAAGAAUGUUGAAAUGAUAAGAUGCAAAGAUUGAGGAAUUUGGGAAACACACCAAAGUACAUUUACCUCCCUCAAGCUGUUGGAGGGAUCAGUGUUUAAAGGAUGCAUACUGGCAUUCGUUAUGAAAAAGGACCAUAGGUUGUGCCUCCUCACGUUUGUAUUAUUAAUUUUAUUUUAUCAUUGAAAUGAGAUGGAUGUGAUUUUCCUUUUGUCCAAAAAUUGGAGCAUUUGUCUGCAGUAAUGUAUUCAGUUGUAAAUAAGUGAAAUCAAUAAAUGUUUUUUCCAGAUUGA